UUGUCGGUCCGCGUUUCCUCCAAGUAGACCGUGAACCUACAUAAACCACUACUUUAUUCUAAACUUCUCAUUUUCGCCAGAGCCAGUUGCCGGUCAGUUUAUUAUGUGACACGCCGCGAAAGUGAUAGUUGCAGCCUUUGGACAGUGCAAUCGCCGUCGAGGGUGCCGUCGCCAUGUUGGAUUAGGGCGGCCUUGAACUUGUGUCCCGGUUAAUGAUGAACAGUGACGCUUUCUAAAAUGAAGUUAGCUGUCGUGAUCAUAAUCGGUGUGUUUACCGUGACGUCGGCCAUCCGAGUGCCGACUUCUUGGAAGAAGAAUGGACAGACGCAUGCUAGAUUCAGGACGGGGGAAAUCGCGCCAAAUGUGCAAACACACGAACGAGUCAAUAGGAACGAAGAGGCUCGACAUCAUAACCUCAAAAAGCCAGAGGUUAAGAAGGAGUUUAGAGCUAGUGCAACGUUGGGGGAGUGGAAGCCGGUUUUUCCCUCGUUCCAUGGGUUUCUACCAGCGCCGACUUUCCCUGGAUACCGAAAACAACAAAAACCGGCCAAAACGUCACCGUUGUAUAAAAACUACCGCGAUGACGUCACGCAUGAACCCUCGGGAACCGACGAACACGUAGGUUACGAAAAACCGAAACCGAUAAGUGUGCACGAAGUACCUCUGGACGUUCCAACGCGUCCCAUAUACCCAGGGGAAGGACAGUGGGCUAAAAAGGGCAAAAAACAUAGACCUUUUAUUAGUAAACACGUGUUCACCCCACCCGAGCGCGAAGAAAACGAAGAAAAACCAGACGGCUACGAAACGUUCGAGAAGAAUAAGCAACUCUUCGAGCGACAUCGCCAGAAAUUCGGGCACGCCAAAGACGACGACAAUGAAGAAGACGAAGAAGACGAAUACGACGACGACGACGAAAAACAGGAGUUCGUCCCGACGAAAUUGUACACCCAGGUGCGACGCAGCGAGUCCGAACAACACCUUCCGACGUUAGUCGAAGACCCACGACUGCGCGAAGUGAUCAAAGAUUCGAAGAUACAGACUGUGUACACCGAAGAAGGGUACGAAGAUCUGGCUUAUGAUCACGCCGGCCACGAGAAGACGGCCGAAGAAGAUGAAGGCUACGCCGAGUUUGAUAAAGAAAUCGAAAGCGAGAAGACCAAGAGUGGCAAGACCGGCGACAGUGAAGCGCAAGGGUCGCACCACCACGUCGUCAAAAAACCCAAAAUGAAGAAAAACAAGUUGAUGAAGAGCGAAGAAAGCAAAACUCUGUCUGUGAAAAAAGACGACAAGAACACGGAAUUGGAAGUUUCGAGUCAAGUUAAAGUUUUGCACACUCCUAAUAACGAAACCAAGACGCACAAGUUUGUCAAAAUUUUUCCCAAAGUGUAUCGGUACGAUAAAGUGACGCCUGAGACUACCGACGGGAUUGCGAAAACGCAAAGUGCCAUAAACCACAACAAGAGACGCCAAAAACGCUACACCAACGACUUUCCGAAAAUCGUCGUCGACACGGACUUCAUCGACAAGAUCAACCACCGGCUUCCCCAAAUCGAACAAGUUGUAACCAAGCCGAAGUACCCUUAUUACAAUGACCCUACCAUCAACCCGUACUCGCCCCUUCGGUACGCCGAAGACUUGGACAACAUCCCGAAAAAAACGCAAGACGAGUUGGCGUUUUAUCACCAAGCGGACAAAAUCCGGUGUGCCGAAGUCCAAACUGACGUGGAUCCGAUCCCCCAUAGAGUGAAAAACGCGGACAAAGAUCCCGAGAACGUGGAAGACGCGACAGACGUUCAAGAAUUGGUGCAAAUGCCACGUUUGAUGAAUCUCGGGGACAAAAUAGACUGUUUUAAGAUCAAGUUCUUCGGGGAAGAUCCUCUAGACAGCCCGAUUUUUAAAGAGGAGAUUGGUCCGGUCCUUCCGAUUUUCAAAGUUUUCAAAAAGGUGAACACCGACCCGGACGUCAACGAAACCCGAGAGAAGAAAAAGUACUCGGCGAAGAUUCCUCAACCCGUUGACGAUAAGUCGGGGCUUAGAGACCACGAGUUGACUAUUUUGGCGGACGUGAUCAACCAGUUUAACAAGUCGCGGGAGUCGCGGGAGACCGAAGUGACCACGGUACGACCUGAAGUUACCGAAAACCAGACCGAGGUUUCCGUCAUUUCGAUAAUCACGACUCCGAAGUACACUAUCGAUUUGAAACCGAAACACAUAUAUCACCAGAUCGAGUUACUAGAGUACUUACCGCAGUACUCGAAAAUCGACAAUAGCACCGACAACGACGCUCCUAUCGUCGAUCGCAUGGGUAAAAGUCUGGACGAACCGACAACCACGAGCGCACCAAUCGAAGAAUCUCCCCCCGAAAGUCAAGCUUUGAAACACAGGAGACGACCAAGACCCAGACGCCCCUACUACCAGGUUUUCGACGUCAAUCAGUACCUUCCACGGAACACCUACUCGCUUUUGAAUCGGGUCAUCCGCACAAGCACGGUACUACCGCGCGGUGGUACCGACUACAAAAAAGAUAUUAAAGCUAGCGAACAACUCAACGUUUUUGCCGACGUCAUCAACAACAUCAAGAGUUCCGGCAAAAACCCCUACCAGGUGGGAGCGUCUUCGAAUCGGGUGUCCGUCAAGACCAAUCUUCUCGACAAUUAUCGAAAAAUCCCGGUUUUUGAAGCCGUUGACGAUAUCGAAGAGAGCGCCUAUUCCACGACUGUGGCUCCCAGAGGCACGAUCAAGUAUUCCUCCUACAAAAACAAAGAGCAACUGUUUGAAAACAUGGCCAACCGCGACAAAACCAAGUACGAGAAUUUGGAACUCUUGAAGAUCAAGAAGAGGUUGACGACGACGACUGAACCGUACGCGUCGGAUACAAGAGUGUCUUCGUCUGUCGAAGACGAGGACGACGACGAAGAGGAAGAAGACGAUGACGAGGAGUCAGUUGUGGGUUUGGUGCCUCCAGUCCCGAACAAAUACACGACGAUUUUCACUAAACCGUUGUCAAAAGAAACGAGAAUGAAUCUCUUCUACGUUCUAGGAAUGAAGCCGCCGUCUCCGAAACAGAAAGUUUACGUCUACUCUGAUUUUAAGCGACCGUUGAAAAGCAAGUACCGUAGAAGCAAACGCAGCGCUGUCAGACCCGCCUACUCCGAAGUGGUCCGAAAUAGAAACAAACCCAUAGAUGUAGACGACGUAACUGAAGCUGUAAUUGAAGAAGACGACGAUUAUGUUCCUCAUCGUCCGAAAAAUUAUCACUAUGACGAAAAAACGGGACGCAUUGUUUACGAUAAAACGGAAAAGGAGACAGAAGCGCCUGACGAAGAGUACAUAGAGGUGACAGAAGCGCCGAUACCGAAACCGACGAGACGAAACUCAGUGACGACGGUGAAGUUUGAAGAAUUCACUGGUCCUUCGUACGUCGAGUUUAUUAAGAAGUUGAAAAGUAAUCCGAAUUAUCAAGAAAUCACUGAUCCUCCUCCGACGGAAAAAGGGGAAGAGGUGACCACCACGAGUACGACUACGACGAAACCGGUUUCCACUGAUCCUCCUGAGUUUUUGAGCUUUCUGGCAAAGGUUAGAAGCGACUCUAGCUAUAAAGCCAUCCCUGAUAAAACGACGAGUAAGACGACGACGACGACCGAAGCCGCUGAAGUGGUAGAAGACGAAGAGGAAACGCAGCUCGAGAACGUGCAGAAUUCACCUGGAGGACAGAGCAGCGGACAGGGAUUUCAGAUUUUCGACAUCAACGACUACUUGCCCAAAGUCAAAAAUUACACCCCUACUACUUCCAUUGACUAUUCCAAGUAUAAAACGAUCGAACGGACACACGUUCCCUUGCGCCACAAUUUGAGCAGUCGUUACAAUUCCGACGAAGAAGACCCGGAGGACGUAAGAACCAGUAGAGUACCAGUUAUUUUGGAAGACAAAGACGACACGAAAGACGACAAUUUGGAGAUUAAUCCCGUGAUGAGUGAGAGUAAGAGGGAGGAAGUGGAACCUAGUACUACCACUAGUACGACGACGACGACAACCGAACCACCGCCAAGUACUAGACGAAGAACGCGCCCGAAAAGCAGAGGUACUAGAAGACCUACGACUGCCACCACGUCGUCCUCCACAGAAGACAACAACCCGGCGGUCCACAGCAAAACCAAGCGCGUUUUCCCCAGACGCCGUCCUUCUCGAAUCAAACUCAACAGAGCCACAACCGAAGCACCUGACUCAGAAAUAGAAGAAUCCGCUUCAGCUAAAGUCGUACGACGACGACACCAAAAAAGCGACAAUCUAACCACCAAAGCAGAAGUACCAGAAGACACCAAAACGAACCAAACCCAAAAUGCGACGUUGAAGAAAGACGGCGACGUGCAAGUUUUCCAGAAGUACGACCAGAAGAAGAGGCACGGUGGUGCUUAUACGAAAGAAUUGGAAGAAAAAAGACUGACCGACGUCGUCGCUAAACCUUCUUCUUAUUUUACAGAUCCGAAGCUUCCGAAGAAGAUUAAUCAGCUGGUGGAGGGCAAAGGGGGCGGGGUGGAGGAAGAGGUGACCGGGAGCGAUGAGACAGAGGAGGAGUACGACUAUGAGGGGUCGGAGGAGAAGGCGGCGACGACGAAGAAGCCGGUUUUUGUUAAAGAUCCCGCCAAGAGGUUGUACUAUUAUGCGCCUAUUUAAUUUAAUGAAGAA